GCCCACGCGACCAUUGCGUAUUGUUUCAUUCUUGCGACGACCGCGCGCGAAGAUGGAUCCGGAAAGGGAGUCCUCUGUCCCUACAGACGACUACGAACACGAUGGCCAAGCCGAGGCGGAAGGCGGCUUCAGCGCGACCUGGCAGGCAACAGACGCUGCGCUCCUGCAGCCGGGGAAUCUGCACAUCGCAAAAGUGCAACGAGGCUGGGAUCGCAAACCCUUGUCGCCUUUUUCGCGCGAUAGACUGCGCGUUGGCAAGGUCUGGAAAAGGACGACGCCUGCGACAUCCUCCAACCUCUCCACCCAUGCAGCAUCACCACCCGGGGUGGCGCGCGCGAGUAAAUGUUCACGAUCCCGCGCGUCCCUCACUGCGCCGUUGAAGCCGGUCAAGAAGGUGUGCUUGGACUCUGAUUUCGGCAUGCUUCCGCAGGUCUUGCAAUGGGAGGCUAUAGAAAGCCCGGUGCGCAAGAUUGUAACGCGCAGCAGGAACACUUCGGAGGGGGACAUGCUUGCAUUGCCGGAUGAAGCAGAGGAGGAGGAUGUACCGUCUGAGGACGAGGGGAAUAUUACUGUGGAGAUUUUGGACGAGGAUGGCACGGUUCUCGAGAUCGGUGGCCAAGAGCUUGGGAACGAAGAGGAGUGGGAGGAUGAGGAGGAAUUGCACCAGGGCGAUGCAGAUGAGCUCAUCUGUCCUACUGCGAUUACGCUUCCAAACGAGGAGCCGAGCGUGACCUCCGACGUAGCCAACUUGGAGCCCACCGAAGGGGAUGAACAUGGCACUGACACUGCUCAGACCGAGCUUCUGCUCAGCCAAUCACCGGCACCCGAAUUACAAGAGACGGACCCAGUCCAUCCACAACCUCGAGCUCAAGAUUUCGUUCUUCCGGAGGGCUUCGUCUCCCCUGCUAAGCGCCUGGUCAGCAAACCCCGGGCAAAACGGUCUUUUGACUCUCGACGAAGAACUCUGCCGGCGCACUUUGUUCCGUUGACCAUUGCGAAAAUGACCGUCGAUGAUCAGGAUGAGAACACGCAGCAGUCAGAGUCUUCUUCCGGUACACUUGCUAUGACGAACGUCGAGUCCCCCUCGGCAUCACAGACUAAAGCGGAUACCGAGAGUCUGGAACAAGAAGAGCAACAUCUGGAAGUCGACUCGGUCCAAAGCUCCCUGUCGGAUACUCCAGUCAGCAUCGAUGCCAAUGGUGAAGAAGCAACAAACAUCUCAGUGGAGGCGGUAGACAAUGCCGCACAAAGCCCUGUCACACCACAGCUAGAAGACCGUACAAAGGUGCGAUCGACGGCAGCACAAGACGCCCAACACUCUCCCUUGGCAAUUAGGCGGUCACCACGUCGGAACUCCUCUACCCCUCGAAAGCUGAGCUCUAUAUUGACGUCAAAGGAGACCUCGCAUUUGAUUGCUUUCACUCCCCUCAGACCCGCAAGGUCGCAGCCGUGGACGACUUCAUCCCCUGACAGCAUCCAACAACCCGCGAGCCCAAUCGAGCGUGCUGCAUCUGCACCACCAGAAGAGCCAGACAUGUCACCGCGCAAGUCCCUCCGACCGCGCAUCUCAGACGACACGGCGUUGCUGCAAGCGUUCCUCAAUCGCGCAGCGGAAAGUAAAACUUCGCGCCGCGCCUCCGUCUCCAGACGCGAGUCCAUUACGAACCGCCGAGACUCGGACAGCAUCCGGCAGGCGCUGGCGAGCCCAGCAAAGGGAGAAGUAUUGGGCGAGAUGAAUCCCAAUACGCCUGCUCCGCGCAAGUCUCACACCGCUCCUGACAACACAGGCUUCUUUGACGGUAUUGAUCUCGGCUCGAUCCCCAGCCCGGACCGACUUCAGAAUGAACAAGAUGGACCUGUCACGCGUCGCAGCGAUCGCACAGCGCAACGCGGACAGCCUAAUAUGCCUCUCGCGCCAAACAAGAUUUCCAUCCGCGGUGGGGUAGACUACACGGUCUUGAAGAAGACGGAAGCGCAAGAACUUGCCUUGUUGACUCGCACAAACACGAGGAAGAACAAGGGCGGUGCCAUCCUCCCGCCGCUGCGACUUGUCAAGCUAUCAAGCCAGACGAGCAGCGCUGAAGAAGACACGAGCGCGGCUGACAUUGAUGAUUUCCAAUACGGCAAGCCCGGAAGGGGUCGCAACGUCACGUGGUCAGAGACACUCGUGGAGUUCUACCAAGGCGGCGAAACCACGGAUUCUAGCCUUCUCAGCGAUGAAUUGAGUGCGGCCCCGGUUGAGCAGUCGGGAAGGACAGAGAGUGAGGCCGCAUUGACAUCCGCCCCACCGCCCGCCGAGACCCCCAGCAAGCCCAGAGUGCGCCGGUUAAAGCCGUCUAGAACAGCAGCAACGCCGGGCAGGGCUACCCCAGCGCCGACAGCAAUCCUAGCAGCUGAGACGGAGAAGUUGUCGCUAUCGGAUAGCACCGCUGCAAAGCUCCCAAGCAAGCCUACUACCUCGACGACAAAGCGACGCUCGCGAAUCGCCACGCCCGCCAAAGGCCUCAUAACCUCGUCACUCCUCCCCGCAGACCUCGUCGCCGAAUCGCAAAGCAAACCUACCACCGUCGGAGGAGGAGACCAACGCCGCCCAGCAUCAUCAGCAUCAACAACAACCGCAAAGAAAAUCUCCAAACUCCCCGCCCCGGCAUCCCUCCCGAGCUCCUCGUUGGGCCAAGGCAAGGAGAAUCUCCUGUCGUCGCCUCCCAAGAAGCAGCGCGCAGCGCCCGCGGGCGGCGUGCCUUCUAUCAAGACGUUUGCGCCCAAGUUUGAUCUGGGGGGCGGGAAGACGAAAUUGGCGCUGCCGGAGGAGACGUUUGCUCUGGUGCCGGGAUUGAUGAGUCCGGCGAAGAAGGGGAGGGGUGUCAGAGGUGCGGGGAUGUUUGGGGUGGCUGCUGCUGCUCCUGCGCUGGAUUUUGGGGAGAGGGAGGUGCCUGGGUUGAGUAGUCCGGCGAAGAAGAGGAGUCGGAGGGCUGGGUGAUUGAUGGCUGGCAGGUGGACGUUUUAUUCAUGUUUCGGCGUUCGUGGCAGACGUGGUUUGAGCAUGUGUAU